AGGUUCCCACAUUGUGGACUUUGUGCGGAGUAAAGUUUAUGGGUGAUCCUUGCUGACAAAAGAAACGUUCCCCAUCAACACUCAAAAACUGUGAAGGAUUUCUUAUGAGAGUGCAGCCUUUGCAAUGCAAACCUGACCCAUGCUGCGCCCUCCACUCAGGGGAUGGCCAAGGUCCAGGAUGGACACAUAUACGCAUGUGACAGCUCUGCGAUGUUAGAGGAGGUCCAAGAUGGUAUGGACAGCGGUACCCUAAGUCCUGCCACGGCUCGACAAGUCACCAUCCAGCGACACACCACCCAAGGCUUCGGCUUCAUCGCAGGCAGCCAAAGGCCCGUCAUCGUGCGCUCAGUCUCUGCCGACGGACCCUCCUUUGGUAAGCUUCUCCCCGGAGAUCAGAUCUUGGCCAUUAACGAGGAGACGGUGAGCGACGCGCCCCGAGAGAGAGUCAUAGACCUUGUAAGACGCUGCAAAGACUCCAUUGUUCUCACUGUGCUGCAGCCUCAUCAGUCACCAAAGUCUGCCUUCAUUAGUGCAGCCAAAAAGGCUCGUCUACGAACCAACCCGCCUAAAGUGCGUUUUUCCGAGCAAGUGUCCAUCAGCGAUCCAGACUCGACAAUGCUGAAGGACGAAUCUUUGCUUCUCAUACCCAACGUGUUGAAGGUCUUUUUGGAGAAUGGGCAGAUUAAGUCCUUUACCUUUGAUAGCCGUACAACUGUGAGAGAUGUGAUCUCCUCCCUGCAGGACCGCCUCUCACUGCGCUACAUCGAGCACUUUGCCUUGGUGCUGGAGGCAGGCGGUCUCGACCAGAAUCCAAAGUUACACCUGCUGCAGGAGAACCAGCCCCUGACGCACGUGGUGCAUAGAACCUAUUUCCAAGGAAUGAAGUGUUUGUUUCGCGUCUGCUUCUUCCCCAAGGACCCUGCAGACCUGCUGAGGAGGGACCCUGCUGCAUUUGAGUACCUCUACAUUCAGAAUCGCAAUGAUGUAAUCAAGGAACGCUUCGGUAUGGAUUGGAAAUCGGACAUCACAUUACGACUGGCCGCACUCCAUAUCUACAUCACUGUGUCCUCGGCAAGACCCAAUCAGAAGAUUUCUCUCAAGCAUGUGGAAAAAGAGUGGGGACUUGAGCCUUUCCUUCCCCUCACACUGCUUCCAACAGUCAAGGAGAAGAAUGUGUGCAAGAUUCUGUCACAGCUGUUGAAGACCUACCAGCAUCCACCACCAUCGGGCAACAAGGUGCCUCCUCUCCAGGGAAAGCUGCAGUACAUGCGUGUACUCAAUGACCUCCCACCCUUUGGGGGAAUACUCUUCAACACGGUUGAAAUGGAUGAAAAACAAUCAGCCACAACUCUUCUGGUUGGUCCUCGACAUGGAAUCAGCCAUGUGAUUGAUCUGAAAAACAACCUGACCACCGUUCUGACAGAGUUUAGUAGGAUAUCCAAGAUCCAGCUCUAUCGAGAGACCCAAGGAGUGGCACGUGUGGAGGUCUCAAUCCACGAUGGCAAGCCCCUUGUGCUACUCAUGGAAUGGCCUGAUGCCAGCAACUUUGCCUGCCUCAUCUCUGGAUACUACAAACUGUUUGUAGACCCUAAAAGGAACAUUUACUUCAGGAUCCCUGGUCAGUCUCAUAUGACCAAGGCAGAUUACAGAAGCUCCCACCAUUCACACCCACGCUCUGGGGCAACCGGAUUACCAAGUGGAGGGCGAAGAGGGGAUGAGAGAGAAAACUCGCACAGAGAUACAGGGUCUUCCAGGGCCGUAGCCCCUGCAGAGUCUCAACAUCUAGGUCUGUGUCAUUUCCACCUUCAGGAACAACAACAGUUUCAGGAACUCCAAGCACACCCUGAAGCUGAACUUGACAUCAAUGAGAACUUUAUUUCUCAGGAGGCCCCUGGGCGGCCCCGCACCAAGUCCGAUCCAACGCAACAGAGUACGGAGGAUAUUGCCGGGGUUUCGGUGAACCCCCCGGUAGAUAAUGCAGGAUUUAGAGUCCGAUCUCAAACAUUGGCUCAGACGCAGAAAGCGCCACGGUUGUUCUGCGAUUCCUGCAAAGACAAGCAGAGGAAUGGAGAUUUGUCAACAGCUGGGAGCAGUGGUCGAAGCUCGGGAAAAGUGUGCUCUAGUGCUUGUGCUUCCCGAAAUGGAGGUAGCGUCGACCUCAUGGCCCUUCCUCCGCCUGGGAAUGAGGACGACGAUGAAGAGGAGCCACCCGUUGAAGGCAAAAAGCUGCAACUACCACCACCUGCGAUUGCUGCCCCACCACCUGGCUUUAGAGACAACAGCUCUGAUGAGGACGAUGCAAAGAGAGGAAGGAAGGCUCGAACCAGCGGCCACACAGCAAUUACCAGCGGGAAACAGCGCCAAGCUAAAGAAGCCGUGCCUGUGACACUAAUCGAUAACGUGGCUACAAGAACAGUUCGAGAUCAUGCACAGGAACUUGAUGAUGCUUUGGUGUCCACCUUACAGGCUCUAGAGGCUUUGGCAGCUUCUGAGGAGUACCCCCAUCCCCACCAGCAGCCAACACAGACUGCAGGGCUCAUCGUAUUGGCUGCUAUUACACCAGAGUCAUCGUUGGACUCAGGCCAUGAGACCAAUUCUUCAGAGCUGACAGAUGUUUCGGAGAUGGUUUCAGCGAUGAAGCAGAAUCAAAACCAGGCGUACCUGUUAACACAUCAUAUAAACAAGGAAAGUCGCCUCUGCCGCCGUGACUUUCCUUUGGCAAUCCCUGGAUGCACAGCAAAGACAAUAGGGACGGGGGCAUUUUCUGUGGGUCAGAUACGUGCUGGAUGUCCACCCAAGCAAGUAAUUCUCAGCAAGACUGUACCCUUCAAAGUCAACCCUUGUCAAGACUCUGGAAUUGUUGGUGUUGUGAAGGAGCAUCGAAGCAAUCCAGAUACUAUUCAGAAUGAACAGACACUUGAAUUAAAUGCAAACUUUGAUUCUACUAAAGCAAAGAUCUCUAAUCCCACAUCUAAACCAGCCGAAGAACUUAAAGUGUCUGAGGUUUCGCUUUCAGCACAAGUCACUAAAGAUCCAAAAUCGUCCAGUGUCAUUGGGGAUAUUCAAAGGCUAAAUCUUCCUGAUGGCGUAAAGGAGAAGACAACACCACCUCUUAAUACAGAAAAAGCCUUAUCUGUUCUAUUACCUGUGGACAGAACUGCCUCAGCCAAGAUUCCCCUGACUAAUAUGUGCCAAGACGCCGAGACUGCCUCUAGCGAGACCAGUAAGCCUUCCAGCUCGACAGAAUUUCUGUCAGUUAAUGAUCUUUUCUGCACAUGCCCGGUGCAACAGGGACCCGGGCCUCAGUUGAGAAUCAAAGAUCCGCAGGUUCAGAAGGUAGUAGUGUUCCAAUCCUCAUCCCCUACUGAUGAUGAGCGUCUACGAGCAAAAGGACUGUUCUUGGCUAACAACAAAGAAAAUGCCAUAAAAUUGGCAGUAGAAUGUAAUUUGGCAAAACCAAGUCCUCAAGUGCAGAUCAACUAUUCCCCUAAUUUGCCUCUAAAAGCAGAGAGAAAAGAUGAAGCCGAUAGCAUGACAGAUUCUGUCCCUGGUAAAUCCCACUCCGAGCCACAAAUAUGUGCCACAAAAUCAUUACCUAAUUUAGAGGAAAACACACCAAUAUCCUCUUUAGAUAAGGUAUAUACUCUGCCGGCGAGAGAAUCAAAGAAAGUGGGCAGUUUAAAGGGGAAAUCCCAGCGCAGUGCCCCUUUUUUGAGCAUUAGAAAUUUACUUUCAGCAACAUUCCCGGCAAGAAUGAGAAGGGAAACAGAUGAGCGAAGGGCUCAGCUACAAAAGGUUCGUCAGUACGAGUUGGAGUUCUUAGAAGAGCUGCUGAAACCCAAGUCCUCGCAGGGAGAAUUUUUGCCCCAAGGAUCCUCACCUGUGCCCUCAGGGACUCCUUGUGCAUGUCAGCUACGCAACAGCCCUGUCCUAAAAGCACCAGGUAUCUCCAGGGAGCAGAGACGUAGCUGUGACUGUAAGAGACUGUGUAGAGGUAUGAGGCUACCUGAUACGCCAGUUGGCUCCACGACAGAAACGCAGAACAGAGGCAGGGAGAGAACUACAGCAAAGACCCCUCCCACGGUCACCAAAGCACCUCAUGGUGAAGGUGCUACAAGGAGAUCUCAGAAUUUGGAAGUCAAGACUGCACGAAUACGUUCCAUCAGCCUUGAAUCAAGGGAGCCAAGGGGAGAGCAGGGCUCCUGUUUGCCAACUGGUACCUCACAAACAGACUACGCGGAGGAACCACAAAAACUCCAGAGGCGAUAUAGCAUUGGAGAGCUCGAUAACAAUACUAAUACGCCCGUUUAUGCUGAGGUGAAGCCCAAAACCAAAAGCCUUGAGAAAGAAAUGGAGAGAGUGAGGGCCACAGGGUUGAGGCUGCCGACCCCAGUGGAGCCAAUCCAUACACAAUCUCUUCAGCCGGACGGGAAGGGGAAAAAGGGUGUGUUUUUCAUACAGAGCAAUGAGUUAUUGUGUGAAAAUAAAGGAGAGACCGGGGAGGUUCUGCUGACCUUGCCCAGCGAAGACAGCGACGACCGGGACAAAUGCUGCUCAUUCUGUUUCUGCUACAGGAAAUGUGAAGCAGCUGAUGAGAGCAGUGAGAAGGACGAGUUAUCCUACUCCAUUCCCCUUCAGGUUCUUCCAGGUAUGGAGCUGGACUCAAGUACCUUCCCUGUCGUUAGCAAAACCCUCCAGGUUCUUAACGCAGAGGACUGCAGUGGAGAAGAAGACACAGAGAAAGAGCCGCACGCACAAGAGAUUGACCUUAGAGCUUGUGGUACACUGGAGGGGAGUCUGGCACGGGUCCAGACCCUACAGGGGAAAUCUUUCAGCCUGCCUGAUGGCUUCCUAAACGCCCAGUUGGACGCAAAUGAGUUAUUAGCUAUCCUGCGUCAGUGUGCAAACAGCCCACAAGCUGAGGGUGAGGCUCGUCUUCAGCCCUCACGGAUUACAGAGUACAAACAGGAGCUGGCGGUGCGCUUCAAAGAAUUCCGAGCGUCUUGUCGGAGAGUGGCGAGUGUGGAAAAAAGCCCGACUUGCAUGCUCGCGGUUGUCACCGCCAGCUUUCAAGUGUUGUGCGAGUUAACGCAGACCUUCAUCAAACUGGUCCGAGGGGUUCGCACAGAAACUCAAAGACAGCAGCUGUUGAGGAAAGUGGAGGAAGUCGCUAUUAACUACACUUUGCUUCUUCGCGCCGCGGAGGAAUCGAUGGGACAUUCAAGCAGCCUGCCAACGAAAACAGUGAGCCCUCAAGUGUCGUCCAACACCAACAACAUGAGCUCACUCACCCGGCCCAUCAAAGUGCUUUCUGCCCAGUAAGGAGAACUUUGAACAAAAACCAACUUAUGCGCAUUAAUUAUUUAUUUAUUGUUUACAUUUUUACUGAAUGUGCAAUGGAUACCCAAUGCAGCUGUUCCAUCCCAUGUUUACAGGCCCUGAGGUAGCCUUGUGGAUGGCGCUCCGAAAUGUAAAGAUUCACCAAACCAAUGCACAAGCGAACAGAACCCCAAAAAAGACUGGGUGACACAGGGCUAAUCACCUCAUCAGUAUAUUACGAAAAACGACGAAGUCAAUAUCGUAUAUUUUAUAUGUAGUAUAGAUUUGAGUUGUGUCUACUUAGAAAAUAUAAAACAUUUUGUGACGAAAAAGAGUGAUAAAUAUAUUUAAAGAGAAUUAUUAAGAUAAUAAAUAUAUGCUUUGGACAUUAAAGAGAAUCGGUCAAGUAGCGACUGCUGUAAAGUGCAUAGUUUUAAGCGAUGGUUGGUGACUAUGUCGAUACGUGGAACUAAAUGUUGUAAUGAAGAAAUGUCUGUUGGCUAUGUCGGACAUAUUUAAGACAUCAGCGCCAGUGUUGGAUAAUAAAAAAAAAAAACGCUCAAAGCCAAGCAACUUAUUAAACUUAGUCAUGCUGACCCUAUUGGUAUGCACUGGGUAUCAUGUAGCAGAGACCCAAGUAUCACUUUUAUCCUCUGUACUAUACCAUCCUGUAGAGAAAGAACUCCCACACUGCACCCAAAUACAAAAUAUGUGUUCACAACAUCCUGCUUCACAAUGCCACUUGCAUCUCACUAUUCAUGUGCACAAUAAGCCAGUUUGGGGUUUUUUUUGUACAAACCCCGUUUCCAUAUGAGUUGGGAAAUUGUGUUAGAUGUAAAUAUAAACGGAAUACAAUGAUUUGUAAAUCCUUUUCAACCCAUAUUCAGUUGAAUGCACUAUAAAGACAAGAUAUUUGAUGUUAAAACUCAUAAACUUUAUUUAUUUUUUUUACAAAUAAUCAUUAACGUUGCAACAUGUGACAAAGUAGUUGGGAAAGGGCAUGUUCACCACUGUGUUCCAUCACCUUUUCUUUUAACAACACUCAAUAAACCUUUGGGAACUGAGGAGACACAUUUUUGAAGCUUUUUAGGUGGAAUUAUUUCCCAUUCUUGUUUUAUGUACAGCUUAAGUUGUUCAACAGUCUCCGUUGUGGUAUUUUAGACUUCAUAAUGAGCCACACAUUUUCAAUGGGAGACAGGUCUGGACUUCAGGCAAUCCAGUCUAGUACCCGCACUCUUUUACUAUGAAGCCACGCUGUUGUAUCAAGUGACUUGGCAUUGUCUUGCUGAAAUAAGCAGGGGCGUCCAUGAUAACAUUGCUUGGAUGACAACAUAUGUUGCUCCAAAACCUGUAUGUACCUUUCAGCAUUAAUGGUGCCUUCACAGAUGUGUAAAUUACCCAUGCCUUGGGCAUUAAUACACCCCCAUACCAUCACAGAUUAGAUUAGAUUAGAUUAGAUAGUACUUUAUUUAUUCCGUCAGGAGAGUUCCUUCAUGCUGGCUUUUCAACUUUGCACCUAGAACAGUCCUGAUGGUUCUUUUCCUCUUUGGUCCGGAGGACACGACGUUCACCGUUUACAAAAAAAAAAUUGAAAUAUGGACUCGUCAGACCACAGACCACUUUCCCACUUUGCAUCAGUCCAUCUUAGAUGAGCUCGGGCCCAAGCGAAGCCGGCGGCGUUUCUGGGUGUCGUUGAUAAAUGGCUUUGGCUUUGCGUAGUAGAGUUUUAACUUGCACUUACAGAUGUAGCGACCAACUGUAGUUACUGACAGUGGUUUUCUUAAGUGUUCCUGAGCCCAUGUGGUGAUAUCCUUUACGCACUGAUGUCGGUUUUUGAUGCAGUACCACCUGAGGGAUCAAAAGUCCAUAAUAUCUUCAGAUUCUCUGAACGUUUUGAUGAUUUUACGGACCGUAGAUGGUAAAAUCCCUAAAUUCCUUGCAAUAGCUCGUUGAGAAAUGUUGUUCUAAAACGGUUUGACACUUUGCUUACAAAGUAAUGACCUUCACACCAUCUUUGUUUGUGAAUUACUUGGCAUUUCAUGGAAGCGGCUUUAAAACCCAAUCAUGGCACCCACCUGUUCCCAAUUAGCCCGCACACCUGUGGGAUGUUCCAAAUAAGUGUUUGAUGAGCAUUCCUCAACUUUAUCAGUAUUGUUUGCCACCUUUCCCAACUUCUUUGUCACGUGUUGCUGGAGCUCAACGUAAAGCCGCUGCUCCUCCACAUGGAGAGGAGCCAGAUGAGGUGGUUCGGGCAUCUGGUCAGGAUGCCACCCGAACGCCUCCCUAGGGAGGUGUUUAGGGCACGUCCAACCGGUAGGAGGCCACGGGGAAGACCCAGGACACGUUGGGAAGACUAUGUCUCCCGGCUGGUCUGGGAACGCCUCGGGAUCCCCCGGGAAGAGCUAGACGAAGUGGCUGGGGAUAGGGAAGUCUGGGCUUCCCUGCUUAGGCUGCUGCCCCCGCGACCCGACCUCGGAUAAGCGGAAGAUGAUGGAUGGGUGUUGCUGGCAUCAAAUUCUAAAGUUAAUGAUUAUUUGCACACAAAUUAAAGUGUUUAUCAGUUUGAACAUCAAAUAUGUUGUCUUUGUAGCAUAUUCAACUGAAUAUGGGUUGAAAAUGAUUUGCAAAUCAUUGUAUUCCGUUUAUAUUUACAUCCAACACAAUUUCCCGACUCAUAUAAAAACGGGGUUUGUAAAUGGACCAUGCAGACGCAAUCCAGACAUGAAGAGAAAGAAGGUGCACCAUAUGUGAAUUUGCUUGCAUGUAAACAAGCAAAGAGGACAUGAUGGUGUGCUCCCAUAUGGCGCAAAAUACUACAUACUGUAAAAGAUGCGAUAGUUUUAAGUACACUCAUCCAAGAGCAAUGAAAUAAGCUUACUCUUCAAAUUUCACACAGCUUCCGGAUUUCGAACUGAAGUUGUAAUAAUGUGUAAUUCAGUGUUUUUUUUCCCCUCCCCCAUCUUUCAACCAUGAGUUUGACAUAAUUCUCAUAUCUAAAGCCUUCCUAGGAUCCUUUGUCAUGUUAGGUUGUCAGGCGCACUAUCGAUUUGCUUUCUGUGUGCUGUUGUACAUUGUGCAAUCUAGGACAUAUAGAAGAAACACACAAAGUAGUUUUAUAUGUAUUUUAAUAAAACUAACACAUCAGCCUCCUGUCUGAAGUCUUUGUGUCACACCCGCUAUCAGAAAUGGGGGAAAAAAAAAAAAAAAAAGAUGCUUUCACACUUGUGAAUAUGUCAACUGGCCCAUUUUUUUAUGAUUGAAAAAUAAUAAUAAAUGAAAUGCUCAUUACAUUACUGUAUCUUUUCUUUCUAGUACAGGAAAUACAUCUCAAAUUGCAAGAACACGUUUUAUAAAUUCUACCAAAAAUUUCUAAUUCAUCAAUUAAUCAAUGUUUACUUAUAUAGCCCUAAAUCACUAGUGUCUCAAAGGGCUGCACAAACCACUACCACAUCCUCGGUAGGCCCACAUAAGGGCAAGGAAAACUCACACCCAGUGGGACGUCGGUGACAAUGAUGACUAUGAGAACCUUGGAGAGGAGGAAAGCAAUGGAUGUCGAGCGGGUCCUAACAUGAUACUGUGAAAGUUCAAUCCAUAAUGGAUCCAACACAGUCGCGAGAGUCCAGUCCAAAGCGGAUCCAACACAGCAGCGAGAGUCCCGUCCACAGCGGAGCCAGCAGGAAACCAUCCCAAGCGGAGGCGGGUCUAACAUGAUACUGUGAAAGUUCAAUCCACAAUGGAUCCAACACAGUCGCGAGAGUCCAGUCCAAAGCGGAUCCAACACAGCAGCGAGAGUCCCGUUCACAGCGGAGCCAGCAGGAAACCAUCCCAAGCGGAGGCGGGUCUAACAUGAUACUGUGAAAGUUCAAUCCACAAUGGAUCCAACACAGUCGCGAGAGUCCAGUCCAAAGCGGAUCCAACACAGCAGCGAGAGUCCCGUUCACAGCGGAGCCAGCAGGAAACCAUCCCAAGAGGAGGCGGAUCAGCAUAAGUUCUACCAAAAUUUCCCAUAAAUCAUUUGGGAUGCUUGAUUGUUCCAUUUUAGAUGUGACUGUGACUCAUUAUUCAACAAUAUGAUUUUAUUGAUAUUUACAUCCUGCGAUGAGGUGGCGACUUGUCCAGGGUGUACCCCGCCUUCCGCCCGAUUGUAGCUGAGAUAGGCGCCAGCGCCCCCCGCCACCCCGAAAGGGAAUAAGCGGUAGAAAAUGGAUGAUAUUUACAUCAUUAAACAAUAAUAUUGUAUUGAUAUAAGAGAUGUCCGAUAAUGGCUUUUUUGCCGAUAUCCGAUAUCGUCCAACUCUUAAUUACCGAUUCCGAUAUCAACUGAUACCGAUAUAUACAGUCGUGGAAUUAACACAUUAUUAUGCCUCAUUUUGUUGUGAUGCCCCGCUGGAUGCAUUAAACAAUGUGACCAGGUUUUCCAAAAUAAAUCAACUCAAGU